CGCCCCUAUUGGCUGGCGGCGAGACCAAUAGGAAAUGCUGUUGUUCUGACGUUGUCCGUUGCACGAGGCGUGCAAAAACAGCUCCAACAGAAUGCUGCGACGAGAAGCCCGACUGAGGAGGGAGUACCUCUACCGGAAGGCUCAGGAGGACCGGCUACAUACCAUUGAGGAGAAGAAGCAGAAGCUGAAAAAUGCUCUUGAUGAGAACCAUCUGAUCCCUACGGAGGUUCGCAAGGAGGCUCUGCAGCUCCAGAAGCUGCUUGAGUAUGAUGAUGAGGGUGCCGAAGGUGUGAGCAGUCACAUGGAUGACGAGUACAAAUGGGCGGGAGUGGAGGACCCCAAAAUCAUGAUCACGACGUCCAGGGACCCUAGCUCCAGACUGAAGAUGUUUGCUAAGGAGAUGAAGCUAAUCUUCCCGGGGUCCCAGCGGAUGAACAGGGGAAAACACGAGGUGCCGGCACUGGUACAGGCCUGUCGGGCUGGAGGGAUUACCGACCUUGUCAUCCUGCACGAGACGAGAGGCCAGCCAGACGGCCUGGUAGUGUGUCACCUGCCCUUCGGACCAACAGCCUACUUCACGCUCUACAACGUGGUGAUGAGGCAUGACAUCCCACACAUUGGCACCAUGUCGGAGGCUUUCCCACACCUCAUCUUCCACAACUUCACUUCGCGUCUUGGUACCAGGGUGUCCAACAUCCUCAAGUAUCUGUUUCCGGUCCCCAAGGAGGACAGCCACCGUGUGAUCACCUUUGCCAACCAGGAGGACUACAUCUCCUUCAGACAUCACACAUAUAAGAAGAAGGACCACAAGAAUGUCGAGCUGGCAGAAGUGGGGCCGAGGUUCGAGAUGAAGUUGUACAUGAUCAAGCUGGGCACACUGGAGAACGAGAACACAGCCGAUGUGGAGUGGCGCCUCCACAGCUACACGCGCACAGCCAAGAAGCGCCGGUUCCUCAGUGUGGAGUAGUAGCCUGACACAUGUGCGCCACCUAUAGGCUGCCAGAGGGGAGCUCUCGCUGUGAACGUUGCUUGUUCUGGAGAGACAGAGAUGGCUGUCAUGUUCAGGCAGAGUGGGUUGGCUUGCAAUGUUGGAUUUCUCCCUUGGGUCGCUGCACAGGUAGUUCACUGCAGUGCGCAGACACUCCUAACAUUUAGAGGUUUGACAUUGCACUACUCACCCGCUCAUCUUCGGUUUUGUUCCACUUCUAAUUGCUGAUAAACGGCACACUAGUGUGUUUUUUUU